AAAAUGCCGGUCAAGAUUCGCGGAAACUCCAGUUUGUAUAUUUUACCGGUCGUAGUAGGUUGGCAAACCUCAUUCGUAUAUAUAUUUGUUUAUUUACUUUUUUCGAAUCGGUUCGGUUUCGGUGCGGCAAAUUUUUGGACAGGUUUCAUUUGUGUGGAUUUUUUUGCUUUUUUGGUUGAGAGUUUAUUUCAUCAACAAUGCCUAUCGACAAAGAAAGCACUAGUAAACAUGAAUUCAGGAUUUCUUUAGGCGACCACCAAAAGGCCGAAAGAGAUGUUCAAGGAGCGGGAGGCGGUGGUUUGCACGGUACAUAUCUAGCGUACAAUAACCCAACGCUCAGUACCUCUUCAGAAACUAUUAAUAAUUUUAGGAAUAGAAAUGAUUCAGCUUACUUAGGCAGUAAUGAUUUUAUUGUGAUAGAUACCACCAAAAAGCAUUCAUCAACCGUGGAAGCCAUUAAAUCAGUAGUUCCUUGGGUCAAGACGAAAGCGCAGAAUGCCUGCACCAAGAAGUUGUUGUAUAGAAGACUGCCCAUACUCAGUUGGUUGCCGAGGUACGACUCGGCAUGCGCAGUAGGUGAUUUGGUAGCGGGCAUCACAGUCGGGUUGACGGUGAUACCACAGGCACUGGCAUAUGCCAACAUUGCAGGGUUACCAACCGAAUAUGGUCUUUACAGCUCCUUCCUAGGCACUUUUGUAUAUAUUUUCAUGGGCAGCUGUAAAGAUGUUCCGAUGGGCCCGUCUGCCAUCUCAGCUCUGAUGACCUUCCAAGCGAUCAAUGGAUAUGGUCCAGAAUACGCCAUUUUGUUGUCAUUCCUAUCCGGUAUUGUCCUUCUACUAAUGGGAAUCCUUGGAUUAGGAUUCUUGAUCGACUUCGUAUCGGGUCCCGUCGCGUCCGGUUUCACGUCAGCGGUGGCUCUGAUUAUCGUGACGUCACAAGUGAAAGACGUGCUAGGCGUGAGAGCGUCCGGCGGCACGUUCGUCGCCACGUGGAAGAGUCUGUUCGAAGACAUCCACAACACGCGAGCAUGGGACGCCACCUUAGGGGUGGUCUGUAUAGCUGUUCUGCUCAUUUUGAGGAUUAUAGGUUCUAUGAAAGUGGGCCCAUCUGACCCAAUCGAAGAACCCACCAGACUACAGAAACUGAUCAACAACACUCUUUGGUUGAUCGGUACCGGAAGAAAUGCAAUUCUAGUCAUAGUUUGCGGGUUCAUCGGCUACUCAUUCCAUCUCAAUGGACCCACACCUUUCAAACUCAUUGGAGCUGUACCCCCAGGUCUACCCUCGGUUAAGGUACCACCUUUUGGAAUAGAUAAAGUGGUGAACGGCACUGUUAUAAGUCAGUCAUUCACCGAGAUGGUGUCAAAUUUGGGAGGAGCCAUUAUCGUGCUUCCGCUGAUAAUAAUCUUGGAGAAUAUUGCUGUUUGCAAGGCUUUCGCGAAUGGAAAAAUGGUGGACGCCACCCAAGAAUUCAUCGCCAUCGGAGUCUGCAACAUCGCCAAUUCCUUCGUGCAAGCCUUCCCUUCAACAGGGUCCCUUUCCCGGAGUGCCGUCAACAAUUCCAGCGGCGUGCGGACGCCCUUAGGAGGCCUCUACACGAGCAUUCUGGUCGUUUUGGCCUUGUUGUUCUUCACCCCCUAUUUUUUCUACAUCCCGAAGGCGACCCUAGCUGGGGUGAUCAUUGCCGCAGUGAUUUUCAUGGUGGAGGUGAAGGUGGUCAAGCCCAUGUGGAGGUCUAAAAAAAGCGACCUUGUCCUUGGUUUCACGACAUUCAUUGCUUGCCUAGUUCUUGCAUUGGAGAUUGGAAUAUUAGUUGGAAUUGGAAUCAACUUGCUCUUCAUUCUUUAUCAUGCAGCAAGACCCAAAAUAACUGUAGAGAAACUAACGUCUAACGGAGGUACCGAAUAUCUCAUGCUCACACCCGAUAGAUGCCUCAUCUUUCCCUCAGUCGACUACGUCAGAAACUUGGUCACGAAACAGAGUAUUCGGCAAGGAAUACCUGUAGUUAUAGACUGUUCACACAUCUACGGAGCAGAUUACACCGCUGCCACUGUGAUCGAGAUUUUAACUCAAGAUUUCGUCGCCAGAGAACAGCCUCUUUUCUUUUAUAACCUCAAACCAUCGGUGUGUUCUGUAUUCGAAGGGCUUUCACCUAAAGGUUUUGUUGUGUACUACAACGAGAAUGAGCUUGACGUACUUCUAAAGAAAAGAUCUAGCAUUAAAAUAGAAAUUGAGAGUAAGUAAUAUGUACGUUUGAUUCAUUUGGGUCUUAUAUUUAUCAGUAUUUUUAAUAUAGUUUGUACAUUUAGGUAGUUACAUUCACUCAGUGAGGAAUGAACUAAUUACUAAGAACAUUUUUUAGAAAUAUCAAAUGGAUUCCUAUUAUCAGAAAUAUAAUCGUGUAAUAUAAAUAGUUUUAGUUUGAUUCAUGUUAUAUUUUCAUUAGUUAAAUGUGAUUUCUGAAUAAAUCUAAAAAAAUAUGAGUGCAUGAUGGUGCAGAAAUGUAUUAUAAUGAAUAUAAAUAUAAAAUUAUGGCUGACUACUAAUUCUAUGCAAUUUUAGAACUAUUUCUUUAAGAUGUUGUUCCAUUGCUGAUUUUUGUUCAUCACUCUAGCUCUAAUGGCAAAAUUACUUACUCAUUCAUUUCAUCAAUGCCAUCAUUUUUGUCAUUGAAAUGAAUUAUAGAUAAUUUUAUACAGUAGGAAUAUUCAUUUUGCAAUAUAGAUGAGAGACAUUAAUAAUAGAAUAUCGAGUCAUUGACCUAGGUACUUACCUGAAUGAACACAAUUUUCCAAGGGAGCUCGUUUCGAAAAUUUGAUUCUUUGUUGUACCAUUGAAAUUCUCCAUUGAAUUUUGAUAAAAAAAUAUUCUUGCUCUGAGGCAAUUUUUCAACUGACUGAAUAAAAAAAACUUGCAAGGGGUUUGGGGUUCGAUCUUGAUACUCACCAAUAAUUGAACAUCAUCAUAUAUUCAGAUGUAAGUUAUGCUCGAGCUGCCAGUUACGAAUUCGCUCAGAUUUUUCUCAUGAGACAAUGAUAGUACCACCCUUAUUGAUAUCGAUGAUAUCUUUUAUUGCUAUCUUUAAUGUAUAUCAUCUCAUUGGAAUCAAAUCCCUAUUGGAUGUCAUGUAGUAGGUAACUCAUAAUGUAUGUAAAUAGUGAAGUAUUUGUUUUGCCAAACUGCAUUCCUAAUUGGUAGUGAAAUAGUUUUGAAUAUUUUAUAUACGUUGGUCUUAUUUUCAAUUAUUUAUAUCACCUUCAUGGAUGAAGACAUUUAUCAAAUAUGUAGUAGCUAGACUGUGAUAAUUAAAUAUUUCGUAUGAAUCGA